GUCACACAAGAUUUACCUGUAAUUUGUUAUUCGGAUACCCGCGCAUUGAUCGUGAACGAUCUUUUUAAAAUACAUCGCGCAGCCAUGAUCUGCCACACCGACGAGACAAUUAUAGUGAUUCAAUAGGUGUUUAUGUGAUGAUUUCAGUCUAAACGGUAGUUUGGAUGACCAGCGCGGUAGUAAACAACCGGUCCAGAUAGGGAGGCUGCGUCUGCCUCGCGCCCUGUAGUGGAAUGCGGCAAUUUUAACUACUGCGGACCUCGGGACCCAUAUCCGAAUUGGGAUUGUCCGGCUGUUUCUUGGAAAAAGGUGAUGCAAAGAGGAUGAGUCGCCGCGCGCGGCCGUGACAUGGGAGCGCAGGCAUGGGCUGGCGCGCCGAGCUAACGCCGCACAUCGCCGCCGGCCUGCUGCUUCUACUGAUUGUAUAUUUGCCGGUAACUUGCCACCAAGACCACCAAGAUGCCGUGCACAUUACGGCCAUCCUUGGUGAGAGUGUCGUGUUCAACUGCCAGGUGGAUUUCCCCGAAGAUGUCCCCGUCCCGUACGUGUUGCAGUGGGAGAAGAAGGUAGGCGAAACGGGUCAGGACAUACCGAUAUACAUCUGGUACGAGAGCUACCCGACGCAUAGUGGAGAGGGCUAUGAGGGCAGAGUGUCGCGCGUGGCACCCGACUCGCCAUAUGGCGCUGCCAGUCUCAACCUCACUAAUAUACGAGAAUCGGACCAGGGAUGGUACGAAUGUAAGGUGGUAUUCCUUAACCGGUCUCCAAACCAGCACAAAAACGGUACGUGGUUCCAUUUGGACGUGCACGCCCCACCGAGGUUCUCUAUCACGCCGGAGGAGAUCAUAUACGUUAACCUAGGUGAUGCCAUAAUACUCAACUGCCAAGCAGAAGGCACACCAACCCCAGAAAUUCUAUGGUACAAAGACGCUAACCCCGUGGAACCAUCUGGAACAGUUGGCAUCUUCAACGAUGGAACCGAACUCCGCAUCAGUAACAUCAGACAUGAAGAUAUCGGAGAUUAUACGUGUAUUGCACGAAAUGGGGAGGGCCAAGUCUCUCAUACGGCCAGGGUCAUUAUCGCUGGUGGCGCUGUUAUCACGAUGCCGCCAACAAACCAAACAAAGCUGGAAGGGGAAAAAGUCCAGUUUUCCUGUGAGGCUAAAGCUUUACCAGGUAAUGUGACUGUUAAAUGGUUUCGCGAGGGUGCUCCCGUAGCUGAGGUAGCGGCUUUGGAGACAAGGGUCACAAUCAGACGUGAUGGAGCCUUAGUGAUUAACCCCGUAGCUGCUGAUGACUCCGGCCAGUACUUAUGCGAGGUCUCAAAUGGUAUCGGAGACCCACAGAGUGCUUCCGCAUAUUUGAACGUGGAGUAUCCAGCCAAAGUGACUUUCACACCAACAGUCCAAUAUCUACCUUUUCGUCUGGCUGGCGUUGUUCAGUGCUACAUAAAGGCUAAUCCUCCUCUACAAUAUGUCACGUGGACGAAGGACAAGAGACUUCUAGAGCCGUAUCAGACAAAAGACAUUGUCAUUAUGAACAAUGGUUCCCUGCUGUUUACGAGAGUUAAUCAGAAUCACCAGGGAAGGUAUACCUGCACACCAUAUAAUGCACAAGGGACACAAGGAUCUUCCGGUCCAAUGGAAGUAUUGGUCAGAAAGCCACCAGUGUUCACAGUGGAGCCCGAACCGUUGUACCAAAGAAAGGUUGGGGAAUCUGUGGAGAUGCAUUGCGAAGCUCAAGAGGCUGAAGGCACUCAACGACCCACCGUUGUCUGGAGACGAAGAGAUGGCCUCCCACUGCAGAAGAGUAGAGUGAGGGCGCUAGGAGGGAAUAUCACCAUCGACACAUUACGGCGUCAGGACUUUGGGAUCUACCAAUGUGUGGCUUCUAAUGAGGUAGCAACAAUAGUAGCUGAUACCCAGCUAGUGAUAGAAGGUACUCAGCCACAUGCACCGUACAAUGUUUCGGGAACAGCGACAGAGUUCCAGGUCACGUUACGAUGGCAACCAGGGUACGCUGGCGGACCAGACUAUAAACAGGACUACACCAUUUGGUAUCGGGAAGCGGGUUUCUCUGAAUGGACCAAAGUGCCUGUUACGCCAUCUGGAGCUACGUUUGUUACAAUAAAUAGGCUUCAGCCAGGGACCACAUAUGAAUUUCAAGUUAAUAGUAAGAAUACUAUCGGAGAGGGAAUGAUGAGCAAAGCUAUAACAAUACGGACACUUGAUGUAGGCGCAAAACCAAAGACUACACCCACAGCCGCGGGACCGAUAGACGAAAAAAUCUUUCAGAAUGCACCCGAGGGAUCUGGUCCGAAACCUGGACAGCCCCGAAACUUGACAGUGACAGAAGUCCACAAUGGGUUUUUGAUCUCAUGGCAAACGCCACUAGACCGUGCUCAUUUAGUUCAAUACUAUACCAUCAAGUACAGAACAGAUGCACAAUGGAAGACCCUCAAUCGUGGUCAGAUUCGCCCCGAAGAAACUAGCUAUCUUGUAAAAAACCUAGUCGGAGGCCGCACAUACUAUUUCCGCAUAUUGGCCAACUCGGCGACGAGUUACGAAAGCUCUGAAGAAGUAAGGUUUGCGGUCCCGGCGCGGGUUAAGCACAAAGCUAUAACAGCUGGCGUUGUUGGCGGGAUAUUAUUUUUUAUAGUCGCCAUAAUACUGUCCGUAUGUGCUGUGAAGAUUUGCAAUAAACGAAAGCGACGCAAGCAGGAGAAAGCAUACAACAUGGUAGCCGCGCGGCUGACAGACCUGCGCGCCGCUGAUAGCACUCAAGUGCCUUUUAAGAAAUUUAGAGAAAGCGGAAUAUCGAGUGUAGUCCAAUGUUUGCGGUUCACGGCGAAUUGGAUCUGGCCGGCGACACGGUGCGGCGAAGAGCCGCCUUACUGGGGCCUCGUUCGACGCAUGUCUCCCGCCCCGCCGCCCUCGCCUUCCCCCUCCCUGGCCCCCUCCUCCUCUGACGACGGCGGCUUCCUUCCUCGCCUGCGCGCUCCUUUGCAGCCCGCCGCGGCGCCCCCGCUCUUUCGUGCGUCGUCCCCCGCCCUCUCUCCUUGGACGGCUUGGAGCCCGUGGCCGACCUGGGUCCCCGCUUGGACUCCUUGGUCACCACUCCAUAUAUCCGAUCUCAGCUCGGUCCCCUUUCCGAGCUCCGCGGACGGUUCCUUCCCGACCCCGCCAUCGUUCCUUCUGCGGCAGUCCCGCCAAGCCAGCGAGCGAGCGCUGUGUGCCGUCCCGCAGCGGACGCGGUGGCGACCUGUCCCGCGACAAGCGCGCCCUCGUCCGGGGGCAGACCCUCCGCCGCCACACGAGGCUUCCCCGGAGAGCCGUUCGUCGUCAAGCGGCUUCGGCAGCAAGAACGCGUCCUCGUCGCAGCACAACCGCAGCAGCCGGACGGGCAGUCUUGCGGAGUGGCGGCCCCCGCCGUACCGUGCGCCCCCUCCGGCGCCGUUGCCGCGACCCGAGUCGGGCGAGGCGGCGGACGCGGGCUCCGUUGACGUGCACUACGAGUGGGACCGUGCCACCCGGACGCCUACGCCUUCCACCCCGGAGCGACCUCGAGCCCGCCAGGCACGAGAUGACGUGGAAGCGCGGGUUAGGGCGAUGAAGGAGGAAUUCUUAGAGUUCCGUAAGCGGCAGGCUCUGCGUCGUCGUUCUCCGGAACCGUUGGGCCCGCCGCCGCCGCUUUCAGCGGUGUCUGCGCUCUCUCCACUAUCUCCGCUCGCCCCGAUCGCUCCUGCGUCGGCGCCCGCGGAGACCGUUUGCUGAGUCCAUCGGCUAGCGUUACUUCCCCACCGAUAACUAUUUAUUUCGACGCGUUUAGAAUGUCGCUCUUCAUUCGUAUGUAGUAAUCGUUGUAGCGGAAAACGGCAUAUAAAUAUUAUUCGACGUACGAUUUUGACGUGACGGAGUUGAUUUUAGAAGCCUGUCUGUAGAGCGACAUGAUAAAUAGUGUAAAAUAUUUUGAGACAAGUUGGCGGUAACUAAGCAAAGUAUGCAAAGCCCGUUAUAGCUAGUGACAACUUGACUUCUAAACUGAAUUGAUUUAGUUAGGUAACGACGUCGAAUUAGCAUUAAGUGAGCCCACCUUGGUCGAAAGUAGACUUAACAUCGCUGGAGACUAUUUACGGUAAGAAAUUGAGACGGGACGACGAAGUGGCAUAUGAUAUGAAUGUAAAUGUUUAUUCAUAUAAACUAUGUGGAUGCAGUGGCGUUUCUACUCGCACUGUCUGUUUUCCUAAGCGAUUUAAAUGUCAAUUAAUGAUUUAUACUUAUUUAUAACUAUUUAAAUGUGUCAUUAUAGUGUACCUCGUAUUGUUCAAAGAAUUUGGAAAUGAGAGCGAUAAUAGACACAUUAAAUAAGUCAUAAUAAGUCGCCACAGUUAUGUUAAAUUAUAGGCCGAAGUUGGCGGACAGGCAGUGCGAAGCUACGUUCACCUAAACGCUUUAGGUAUGAGCGGGAAGGCAUCCACGAAACCGCUCAUACCCACAUUAUAUUGUAGUUAUUAUUGUAACUAUUAACUUUAAUUAUACGAUACUAUAGCACUGCGUGUUCGACACUACUCUGUAGUAUA